CACCCGAAAAAUUUUAUAGACGGCUUCUAAAGUUAUAUUGUCCACACAGAAGAGAUGAGGACCUUAAAACUGAGGAACACACAACCUACGAAGCAUUUUACAACAACGGUUUCCGUGGUAGAUAUCAGGCUAAAAAGUAUGUGGAUUUCAACCGCAAAAGGUAUGAAGGGCAGGGUAAAAAAAUUGACAAAAUUAUGGAAGAAUUGAAAAAGCAAGGACCGGUUCGUAAUGCUUGGAACACUUUUGCGCCAGAGGUUGAAUUAGACAAUUUAGAAUGCGCUGCUGAGCGACCACCAUUUGAAGAAGAUGAAGAGCAAGACCCUAUUCCAGAUUACGAAAUUGAUGUCAAUAUUGGAGACAUGCCAAAAAUUGAAGCUCCAAAAUUGAGCCCUGAUUUCAUCAGACAAAUGUACAGGAGUUUAAACGAGACUCAAGCAUCCGUGUUUUACACCAUUCGCGAUUGGUGUCUGAAGCGCGUCUGGGGUGACAACCCAGAACCUUUCUUUUAUUUCUUGACAGGAGGAGCUGGCUGUGGUAAAUCUCAUGUCAUCAAAUGUGUUUACCAGGAGGCAACCAAGCUCUUGCGCCAGCUUCCUAGACUUCUUGAUAUUGGUGACAUGUCCAAGCCCACUGUGCUUCUUACAGCUUUUACUGGUACUGCUGCGUACAACAUAUCGGGGAAGACUUUACAUUCCAUCUUGAAACUACCCAAAAGUUUAAAACCACCAUACAAGGGUCUUGGAAAUUCAUUGGAUGAAGUGAGGGCAGUUCUUUCUAGUGUGGAAAUCUUGAUCAUUGAUGAAAUCUCCAUGGUCUCCAAAGACCUGCUUGCAUAUGUUCACUGGAGAUUUCAACAAAUAAAGGGGAACAACAGGUUCAUGGGUGGGGUCUCUGUUCUUGCUGUGGGGGACUUCUUCCAACUUCCUCCCCUUGGACGGGCAAAACCUCUUUGUGUCGCCGAGGACGGCAUGCUUGAUAUCUGGAAUGAAAAUUUCCAGAUGAUCAGCCUGACCGAAAUCAUGCGGCAGAAAGAUGACAGAGCAUUUGCGGAGCUCCUGAAUCGGAUUAGAGUUAAAGGUAAAGCGGAUUUGCUCAGUGAUGAUGACAAGACUCUUUUGAUUCAAGCUGUUACUGAGCCCAAAGAGUGUCCAAUGGAUGUCCUACACAUUUUUGCAACAAACAAACAGGUGGACACCCAUAAUGCAGCAGUUGUGGCCUCUUUAGGUGCAGUAACAGUUGAUAUCCAGGCAGAGGACUACAAAAGAAUUACAAAGACCGGAAACAUGAUUAACCUGGGCUGUUGCAUAGCGGGCAACAAGCGAGACUUGUCUAACAACAUACAGGCUGGUUUGGGUUUUAGAGUAAUGAUUAUAAGAAACUUGGAUGUAGAGGACGGUCUUGUGAAUGGAACAUUUGGCACCAUAGCUGAUAUUGUCACCAGUACCAAAGACGGAAAGACUAGCGUAAAGUUAAUUGGACUUAAAUUGGACAAUCCUCUUGCUGGACAUACAAAAAAGAUUCGGGGUAAACCAGAUGGCUUUGUUUAUAUUGAGAGAUUUGAGGAACAGAGUAGCGUAAAGGGAGUGGUACGACGGCAAUUUCCAAUUAGGUUAGCCUUUGGUUGUACAGCACACAAAGUCCAAGGAAUGACUAUGAAGUCUGCAGUCAUUUCUUUGAAGCGCAUUUUUGAACCUGGUAUGGCAUAUAGCUCUCAGUCGCACAACUUCCCUGGAAGGACUUAAAAUCAUUGAUUUCGAUGAAAAUAAGAUCUACGCUGAUGAAAAUAUUAGAGCAGCGAUGGAAUCAAUGAGACCAGCAUCGUUUUUGCACACCAGACCACUCUUGCAUUUUCAGUCAGGUCAUCAGGGUGCAACAUUAACGAUUGUCCACCACAAUGUCGAAGGCCUUGUCUGUCACUCUGAGGACAUGAAACAGCAUCAUGAACUCAUGUUGGCAGAUGUCUUAUGCCUUACGGAGACUCAUUUGUUUGGAUCUUCUGUUCCAGCUUCCUGCCAAAUGGAGGGCUAUUCUUUUUUUUCACGGAACAGACAUGUCUCCUACUCGAACAGAGUCGACAUUGCCACCAAAGAGGGUGGGGGAGUAGCGACUUACUGCCGGAGUCUUCUCCAAGCGCAGGAACGGAGAUUCUUUAACGAGGUUACAGAUCUUGAAUUUAACGUUGUCAAAGUGGACACCCCAAUCAGUGCAGUCAUCGCGACAGUUUACAGGCCACCAAGUUAUGAUCUUGGAACAUUUUUAAGAAAUCUGCAAAGCCUCUUGGUUGGCCUGAAUUCAAUGGCUAUUCAUCCCGUUGUCGUAUUAGGAGACUUUAAUGAGGACCUUAUUCCUCCUGGGAAAAAAGCCAUUAAUCAGUUGUUUAGAGCCAAAGGGUUUAUGCAACUUAUCUCUGAUCCAACCACAGAAAAACGUACUCUGCUUGAUCAUAUUUACAUCUCUCAUCCAGAAUAUUGUGUCAAAUCAGGUGUCUUGCAGACUUACUACAGCUAUCACAAUCCUACAUACUGUGUGUUGGCUUCAGUAUAAGUUGCAUCUACAGUGGCUUGCAAAAGGAGUCAUGUUCCUUUAAGUUUUCCAUAUUUUAUCACAUUACAACCACAACUAUGGAAAAACAGUGAGGAGAAGUAUUUGUUUAUUUUUGCAGGUAUAUACUAAGUAAUACACACUUUUCAGUUUAUUUGCAAAAAAAAUCUGUCAUAUUUUUAAGCCUCCCUGGUAGAGUCUAUUCUGGAGUUCUGGAAAGGAGGGUCAUCAAGAUUCUGGAGAAUGGAUGGGAGUUCAUCCAAACAACCUACAUGUGUUUUAUGGACUUUGAGACGGCAUUUAACAGGGUCCCUCUGGGAAUUUUGUGGGGGGUCUCCUGGAGUUUGGUGUCCAAGUCCUGUGAUACGGACUGUAAGGUUUCUGUGUAACCUUACAGAAAUGUGGUCUGCAUUACUGGCAGUAAGUGAGGCUCAUUUCUGCUUAGAGUUGGAUUCUGCCGAGGAAACAAGCCCGACUCUGCCGGCAAUGCACACCACUCUCUGACACCAGUCAUAUGGGGACCUAACAGCCUGUAUCAAAGGACCUGGGACCCCAUAAUCCCAGAGAACCCACCCCUUGCUCCCCGAAGGAGACAGUCGAACUUCUUCUCCAAGUCCACAAAACACCUGUAGACCAGUUGGGUGAACUCCCAUGCACCCUACAGGACCCUGCUCAGGGUACAGAGCUGGUCCACUGUUAGAUGACCAGGGCAAAAACCACACUGCUCUUCUUGAAUCUGACUUUUGACUAUCCAAUGGUCCGUCCUCUCCAUGAACCCCAAAUAGACCUUAUGAGGGAGGCAUCACACCCGCCAGACCUCCUUUUUGAACAAAUGCCGGGAACACUGAAUCAAACAGUCUCACUUAUCAUAAGGGUUCUACGUUAUGGGUCUUUCAUAUUACAUUUGGAUGAAAUAUAUUUGUGGUUGCAAUGUAACAAUAUGGAACAGUUCAAGGGGUAUGAUUACUUUGUAAGCACUGUACAUCUUAACCCUGAAAUCAUGACAUGAAAAUCUUUUUGGAGAAAAUGUUAGAAUCUCUCGUCAUUUUUAAUGUCACUUUAUGUGACUGUUUGCUUUCGUAAAUAUGAUAGCGUGGAUCGUUUUUCUUGAUCAUUGUUGCAGUGGAUUUUAUAUGUAUUUAUUGUACACAUUUGUGAAUUAUGGUGUAUGCUUGUGGAUUUGUUGUAGACAUAAGAGAUUUUUGUACACUUUGUGAAUCUUUUCAACACUUAUUUACUUCCGUAGAAAAGAGGCUUCAUAAACUGGUUUUGUACUUGCACAUGAAAGUUUGUUUGAGUUUUGUGAAUACGAAAGUGGCUGAUCUUGAAACACUUAUCGGUUCACUGUCAGAGUAGUUGCUGGAAAUGUUGCACCAGGGAGCAGUAGAUAAGACAAUCAGUUACUAUAUGUAUAUUCUGUUCUAUUUGAAAUUAAAAAGAUUUGAAAUAGGGACCAUAAAGUUUUCCUAAUUUUUCUAAUACAGUUAGCAUAAAUUUUUCCCUUCAAAUAAGCCUAAAUUUUUUGCGGAACUACGUUUUUAUUCUUCACCGUUUGCGUCACUUAAUUAAAGCUCUCCUUGUUUCAAUCUCUCCUCAGUCACACUGAACUUUUUAAUGCUGCAGCCCCCUAGUGGCUACCUCAUCAUCACUUAACAAGCAGGACAAAAUUUCGGCUCACUUUUGUCCUGUUGGACUCCCUCCACCUGGUGAGAAUUUGUUUGGUUUUGGUGGAAUUAACCCUUUGUUCUCCCAGUUUUAGUCUGUUUUUGCAGGGUUUUCCACGCAAAACGAUCCUUGGAGGCUGCCAAGAAGACAGAGAGGAAACAAGACCUUGAGUCCAGGAAAUCCUCACCUACCUCAUGGACUUGGGCCUCAUACAAUCUGAGGAGAUGGAGUUCUUGUUUCUUUGAAUGUUCCAGGUGGUGCAAUCUGACCAGAGUCUGUGAUGUCACAUAGAUUGGAUGCCAAAUGAAAGCUUUGGAGCAGCGUUUUUUUUUUUUUUUUUUUUUUUUUCUACAGUUGUAAAUAGUUUUUCAUGUAUGUACAUAUUUAAAAUAGUUUCGUGUAAGAAUAUAGUUUAAUAUAUGUUUCAUGUAUGUAUAUAUGUAUAAUAGUUUGAUAUUUAUGACAAGUUGAUCAUCGUGGCAAAGCCAUGUUUCACUUGUGAGAUUAAAUCUGUCAGGCCUUACCUUGACACUCAGGCAACAACCCUGAGUGCCACACGGCCGGACAGGACACAUGUAAAAAAAAAAAAAAAUCGUUUUUUUGCAGAGGCAUCAUGUUCUGAAAUUUAUUGUAAUCUUUAAAUGUUGUAAUUUUGGUUCAUUAUAAUCUUUACCUGUAAAAAGUUUGUAGAAAUCUUUAAUAUGACUUCAAUAUAUAUUUUUAAACUGUGA